AUGGCGCUGCCAUUGUUCUGUACCAAAGAUAUUGAAAGGGUUAACAAUGUUAUAGAUGUGGAGAAAAUUGAAUUUUGCUCAAGAUUGAACUGCCAGAGCGGACAUAUUAGUAAGACUUGCGGACUGCGGGCCGAGGGGCAAGGAUUCCGUCUGAAAGUAUUUCAAAACGAAUGCGAAUUGUUGAAGUACGGAUGCAAUGUUGACGAGGCGAACGCUUACGGAUUAAUUAAUACGGAAUACUGUGAUCAAUUAUUUGGAACAGAUUACAAUAUAUCUGAUGAUUACAUGAAAAUUAGUGAAGGAAAUAUAAAUGCUCUCGUUGAAUUAAAAAAAGCAGAUCAAUGUGGUGUUAUAUGUGAUUACACUGAGAUAUGUGGAUUAAGGCAUGAUGGUAUUGGCUAUAAGAUAAGACUUUUUGAAAAUAAUUGCGAAUUGACUAAGUACAAUUGUAACAAUGAUCUGCCAUUUACAAUAACAGAUCUUUUUUUAUGUAAAGCUGACAAGACUAUAGCCGUUAGAGAAGAAAACCAAACCUAUAAGCAAAGUAGUGAAGGGAAUAAAGAAGGAAUCAAAGAAAGUUUGGUUGUAGUAAACAGUAAAAUGUUCGGACAUUACGACAAUAUAAACGAUUCCAUAGAUACAUUCUUUGCUGCGUCGCACGUAUUUGAUUUGCCUUUAAAGGAAGUUCCUUUGAAUACUAGAAGGAAGUUGCUGAAAUAUGCGGGGCCGGUACAAGUAUUUGUACCCUGGAUUUCAAAGCCGGAAAACAUCAGCAACGAUACUUUUUGCAGGCCAACUCUUUCUUCGUGCUACCAUAAAUGUCCUUUUAAAUGUCCAGACACUUACGCCCCUGUCUGCGGUGUUCCUGGUGUGGUAGCUCGAGAGCCGUCGCUAAUGUUCCAGAACCAUUGCUUCAUGGACGUGGCACAGUGCAAGAUGUUCUGGGAAAAUAAGAGCAGUACCUCACAUAGCUCCUCUUACGUGGAAUCCUCGUUCCUAUUCUGUAUGGGUGACGAGAUGAACGCAGUGUAUCGCUUUAUGCCCGCAAUCAGGACUCUGCAGCACAUGGGCCGUUUGAAGAAAAAGGGGAAAUUCAGGGCCAUACUGAAGAACUUCAGAUUUGUUAGCGAGUUCCGAUAUGGCCGUCCCAAGUUUAUGGGAAGGAAAUAGUAAAAAAACUCUUGUGCUUUCUUGAACUCGAUA